UAUUGCCCGGAAGUAACUUCUACUACCCGGAAACACCGAAUGUCCACAAGUUUACAAUUUGGGAAUCAGCUCAUCAUAUCAGGAACAUGGCGGAGCCCAGGGAAGGGGCUGUGCUGAACAAACGCAGUCGGACGGUGAUUGUCCGACACCUGCCAUCUGACUUGAGCAGAGAGGAGAAGGAGGACCUGCUCAAGUAUUUUGGAGCGAUGGCUGUCCGGAUUAUGUCUGACAAAGGAGCUCUGAAACACACAGCGUUUGCAACAUUUGACAGUGAGACUUCAGCUGCAAAGGCACUGACCAGACUACACCAGCUGAAGGUUCUUGGACACACGCUAGUUGUGGAGUUUGCCAAAGACCAAGAGACUGUAACACUACUCAAAGACCCUCCUCUGACUAAUGAUGCUUCAAAGGAGCAGGCUGAGAGAGAGAAGAGAGGCAAACGGCCUCCACAUGUCCCUCUCCUGGAGACUGGCGUCGCCCCAAAACUUGGGUUGAAGUUCCAAGCCAACCCGACGUUGAAGUACCUCUACCCUCCGCCCAGCAGUGCCGUCAUAACCAACAUCACAAACGCGCUACUGAGCGUGCCAAAGUUUUAUGUUCAGGUGCUGCACCUGAUGAAUAAGAUGAACCUGCCGUGUCCAUUCGGUCCCCUGACGCCCAGACCUCCCAUGUUUGAGAUGUACCAUAUCCCUAUGGGUCCUGCUGGGCCCGUGCCUCCCCCCUUCCCCCCGGAGAACCCCCCGCUACCAGCAGAGGGGUCCGAGGAGAGCGAGGAGUCCGAAUACGAGAGUGAAGGAGACGAGGAGGAGAAAGAGAGGAUGGUGCGACUGAUGGGCCUGGUCAACCAGCCGUGUAAGAGGCCAGCGCGGACGAAAGCAGCGACCGCAAGGAAGAAACCCAAACUGAAGGACUUGCUCUACACCCCCAAGUUGGAAUCGCAGAGCGGCCCGGCCCCGGUUCUGCACGCGUCCGACGUGUUUGAGCAGCCCCAGGCCUUGGGCCCCAAGAAGAUCGAGUUCCACAUCCCAGCAGAGGUGUCCUCCUCCUUCCUGGAAGGGCCUGCCAAGGAGGAGAGUGAGGAGGAGAUGGAGGAAGAUGCAGAGCUGAGGCAGCCUCCUGUGUGCCCCCCAGAGGAGGUGGCGGAGGGCUUUGGGAAGAUCUACCCCACGGCUCAGGCCCCCCAGGUGCUGGAGGAAGGCAGCGAGGAUGAGGAAGACUUCCCCUCCGAUUGCAUCUCCAGGAAGGAGCUGGAGAGGGGACGCCUCUCCAGGGACGAGAUGAAAAGGAUGUCUGUGUUUAAAAAUUAUGAGCCCGGCGAAGUGACCUGCCGAUUGUACGUGAAGAACAUCGCCAAGCAAGUGGAUGAGAAAGAGCUGAAGUACAUCUAUGGCAGGUAUAUCGACACGGCGUCAGAAGCAGAGAGAAAUAUGUUUGAUAUCGUUUUAAUGAAGGAGGGAAGAAUGAAAGGUCAGGCUUUCAUAGGCCUGCCCAGCGAGAGAAGUGCAGAGAAGGCCUUGAGGGACACCAACGGGUAUGUGCUGCACGACAAGCCACUCGUUGUCCAAUUUGCUCGUUCGGCCAGACCUAAACAAGAUGGUGGAGACGCAAAGAAAGCACCAAAGAGAUGAAUGAUGUUGGUGGCAAAUGCCCCUCUGUUGUGAACCAUGAGGGAAUGUUGUAUCCUUCUAAUUCUACCAUAUCCUUUUUGCCAUUUUUUCGUAUUGUAAUGUCAUAUUAUGACUGAAGUUGAAGCCCUUCCUCAGUAAUUCCAUUUCAGACAUACGUAGUUCUGAAAUGAAGCUACCUAACAACACUACCUCUUCAUUGGCUUUACAAUUAAUGAAGAUAUUUUUUGUCGAAAGAUAAAGAAAAGUACUUAAACAUACUAAUUGGCUCUCUGAAAUCUUAGUGACAGAUUUUUAUUUUGAUUGUACGCACUUGGAAUUAUGGUUUCUGACUUUUCCUGUCAGGAUCCAUGAAAAUGGAAAAUGAAAGCAAAUGAUGGACUGAGUGAUCAAUUUUGUGCACUUUUGUACACUCAUUACUCCCUCUUGCAAUAUAUUUUGUCAUCCCCAUGGAGUUCUAAUUGCAUUCAGACUGGCUUCCCUUGACUUAUCCAGAAUAAAUAUGUGUGUGCAAAUGGUAGCCAACCUACUUUUAUACUCUAAUGCUGCCAUAAACAUCUGUGAUCUCUGUCAAGUCUUUGCUUUUUUCCCAGACCACAGGUGGACACAUCACUACCAUGAACCGAUGACCUCACUUUGAAAUAAAUAAAUAAAAAUUUC